AUGUUCAAUGGGAGCAUGGGGAAUCGCUCGUCCGAAGCAUGUGGCGCCGAGACGAGACAAGAAGUUGAGUUGCCAGAUGUUGAGCCUGCAGCUUUUCUGGCUUUGCUCAGAUUCCUUUACACGGAUGAAGUAUCGAUUGGACCAGAAAUCGUGAUGACAACACUCUAUACAGCCAAAAAAUACGCUGUGCCAGCAAUGGAAUCUGCAUGUGUGGAUUUUUUGAAGCGAAAUCUUGGCGCCGAUAACGCAUUCAUGCUGCUCACACAAGCCCGAUUGUUUGAUGAGCAACAGUUGGCCAGUCUCUGCCUGGAUAUCAUCGAUAAAAAUACUCUCGAGGCACUUAGCGCCGAAAGUAUUCUUAUUACUUUUAUAUCUUUUAUUAAUAUUAAGGCUUCGUUGUGCUGUUCUGAAAGUGGAGUGGAGGAGGCGGUGGUGAGGGGAGGGGGCGGGGGGAGGGAAGACGGGGACAGAAGUGAAGGGAGGGAAGACUCCCUCAUUGACUUUAAUCUGCGAGGCUGUCUAUUUUGUGGUACUCAUUUUGUGGAUAUUUUCGGCAUUUCUUUUUCACCUUCCAUCCCUAUUCUUAGCCAUAAUUGUUCAUUUUGA